GAGAGAACGAGAGAGAGAGAGAGAGAGAGAGAGAGAGAGAGAGAGAGAGAGAGAGAGAGAGAGAAGGACAGUGACAGAGGGAUAGAAAGUGAGGGAUGAAGUAUCCGUCUGUGUCAGUGAGUAACUCCUUGUUGGACAUGGAUGUAGCCAACUACAGUGAGGGACUGGACCCAACGUACAGCACCCUGGGCUUCGAACACGCUGACGUCCUCUAUGGUGGGAGGGACAGUAUGCCAGCGGAGCCGGGCCUGUCCCCGGCAGACGUAGUGAAUGCUAACUGUGCUAUCUGUGGAGACAAGGCUACAGGGAAACACUACGGAGCCUCCAGCUGUGACGGAUGUAAAGGCUUCUUCAGACGCUCCAUACGCAAGAACCACGUCUACUCCUGCAGGUUUAACCGUCAGUGUGUGGUGGACAAGGACAAGAGGAACCAGUGUCGGUUCUGCAGACUCCACAAGUGUUUCAGAGCUGGCAUGAAGAAAGAAGGUCGGCCACAUCAAACCACGGUUCAGAAUGAGAGAGAUCGUAUCAGCUCUAGAAGAAGUGUUCAGGACAAUCAGGAUCUCCUACCUAUCACUAUUCUGGCCCAAGCAGAGUCACUGUCUCAACAGAUCAGUGUAUCCAGUCCCAGUGGUGCAGUAGAUGUAUCAGAACAGAAGUCGGCUGGUGUGGGUGAUGUCUGUGACUCCAUGAGACAACAGCUGCUUGUGUUGGUGGAAUGGGCCAAGUACAUUCCUGCCUUCGGAGAGCUGCCCCUGGACGACCAGGUGAGUCUGCUCAGGGCUCAUGCAGGGGAACACCUUCUACUUGGGGUCGCCAAGAGGUCAAUGCCUUAUAAGGACUUCCUGCUCCUUGGUAAUGGGUGUGUGAUCCAUGGUAGCAGUGCGGAGCCGGAGAUGGGUCGUGUAGCUAACCGUGUUCUAGGUGAGCUGGUCCUGCCCUUCCAGGACAUCCAGAUAGAUGACAAUGAGUAUGCUGCUCUCAAGGCCAUCGUCUUCUUUGACCCUGAUGCCAAGUCUCUGCGUGAUCCGUCGAAGAUCAAGGCGAUGCGUCUGCAGGUCCAGAUGAGUCUAGAGGACUAUAUUAACGACCGUCAGUAUGACUCCAGAGGGAGGUUCGGAGAGCUGCUGCUACUGCUGCCUACUCUACAGUCCAUCACCUGGCAGAUGAUAGAACAACUGCAGUUUGUUAAACUCUAUGGCCUGGCCAAGAUCGACAACCUACUGCAGGAGAUGCUGCUGGGAGGUCUGGCUUCAGAGGCAACCCACCUGCACCACCCAGGUCACACCCAGUUAGCCCAGGACCCUUUGACUGGACACACACUGGUCAUCAGCACCAUGCCUGCUACACACACUUCUCAGAUAGCGUCUCCAGACACUCCUAUCCCGUCUCCUCCUCAGGGUCCAGAGAUGUACAAGUCCUCUUCUAGCCCCUCCCUCCUGGUGGCCCCGCCCCUCCCACACAGACGUACCCACGAUCCCUCCCUCUGAGUGUACAGCACCCGACCCGCGAAUAACAAAACAGACAAAACAUACUGUCAGCCAUGAAUGCAACCAAAACUACAGAAAGCCUGUUCGAUGGGCCAAAUACUAAUUUGAGAUCUACAUUCCAUGCGUAACUUGUAAACCAUGCAUUCAAAUCAAAUCAAAUGUAUUUAUCAAGCCAUUUUAACAUCAGCAGAUGUCACAAAGUGCUAUACAGAUACCUAGCCUAAAACCCCAAAAAGCAAGCAAUGCAGAUGUAGAAGCACGAUCAAUGGUAGUUUCAAAACUUGAGUUUGCCCUAUGUGUUUAAAGGUGUAAAAUAUUUGAUGUUUUCUCUCCAUUCAGUGCCAUAGGUUUUCACUCCAGUUCAGGAGUCUAGAAAUGGAGUAAUCUGUGUAAAUUGUAGCAUCUAUAAAUCAUUAGAAUAUUCCUAGUCUCUGACCCUCUGUUAUCAUGAUGUAAAUGGGAGUGUGUAUUUGAGCUUUCCGUAGGCACAUCAUUGAAGAUGGAGCGAGAGAUUUGCAAAUCACCAUGUACAUUAUAUACAGUAUGUGUUAACUAAAAGUGAUUAGGACUGUGUUUGGAGCACAUGAUGUUCACGUGUUGCCAUGUUGCUUGUAUAACUAUGUAUAACUAACCAUACAUUUAGUUCCUAAUCAACUCUGCAGUGGCUUUCAGUCUUUUGAGAUUACUGUCAUGAUAUGAAAUUAUAUGACAUUUUUCAAAUUUGGUGUUUAAAUUCAAUUGAAUAUGUCAAAUGAAUCUUAUUGGCCUUCGUUAGACUGUCGAAUAGUGUAUACAAAUUAGAAAAUGUAAGCUGUAUAUUGUUAUUGAAACAGAACACUAUUUUCAAUGAAUUGUAGCCUCUGCUUUUGUAGGCUUUUGCAUGAACAUGGACAUAGUUAUGAAAAAAUACACACCGUAACAGAACUAACCCAGCAACCACGGUGUCCCACAGCAGAGAAAAUAUGGGUACUGGUUCCCCCAUGUGGUUUAAAUAGAAAUAACAAUCCUGCAAUCACUAGAUGGCCAAGGUGUCAAUAAUUGUCAGAGCUGAUGAUAAAGUAUGUGAGGUGUUUGUUAUUAAUUAACUGAGUAUUUUAUAUGAUAAUAAUAUAUAAAUAAUAAUAUAGAUAGGUUCCAUAUUCCAUAUGCUCCGUGACCUUUCACCCGACGGCUCCUAUCACUGCUCUAUUGGUCUAGGAUAUGUGGUGUGUGUCCAUUUCUGUAUUGGUCUGGGAUAUGCUGUUUGUUGAUAUGAGUUGAGUGAAAGUUGAUACCAGCUGAUGCUCAUUUUGCCCUCUCACCUAAAAGAAAAUGAGAAAACACAAACAUAAUCUAGAAAUAAAUAAACCCUACUCGUACUGAA